AUGCGUGCAGUUGAGUGGGCAGCACUGUUUCUGUGUUUCCCAUCUAUGGGGUUUGUGACAUCACAAUAUUCCAACCACCAUCCCCAACAUGUGGACUAUCAUCACCCAGCAACUGAAGACCUUAAAGAAGCUGCCUUGGGCUUUUUCCGGUUAAUGGACGCUGCUGGGUUUGGCAAGACUCGCUCUGUAGUGUUCGGUGCUGCAUCCAUAAGGAUGCAUUUCCCAUCGUUUCGGUCUACACCGGACCUCGACAUCAUUGUUUACGAAGAGAAUGAUCUGAGGCUCGAUCGAAUUCUCAACGAGAUGCAGAAGGCCAGCAACGAUCGACUAGUGUGGGGAGGCGACAAGGAAUCACUACAUUAUAUUUUGAACAGCGGGAAGGGGGUCUACAUAGACGUUGGGUACCUCGAUUUUGGGGAAAGGAUCGGAAUUUCGAUGCUUGACUCUGCUGCCGCGGCCGACACCAUCCUUACGACUGACUCUAUACCAUUGGCUACGCCUGAAGAAAUGUUUAUUGUCAAAAUCUGCGCCAGUGGAACACGUUCCUCCGUUGCUCAAAGCUUACAGGAUAUAGCUGACGCUGAAUUCAUUGCAAAAAGCCUCUAUCAAGUAAACCUGGUUGGCGAUCCACUUGAACCUGCCCUAAGCUGUCUCAAUCAAUUUCUUCCAGAGUCCACCUAUGGCAAAGUUUGGUGGGACAACAAGUUGGGCUUGAGUAAGCCGCGAAAAUGCACGUUUCACGAUUGGUUUAUGUCCAAUCAGGGCUGGAGAAGCUGUGACAUUGGUAUAUUGCAAUCAUAG